GGUUAAUAUUGUUUCUACUUGACAACAUCAAUCUACAUGCAUUUACUUUCCCUAAAAAUAGCUAUAUCAAAUCCAAAUACGAGCUGGGUGUUGCAGCGGUCGCAUAUUUAAUGCCAUUCGCAGCUUAGAAUAUCGCUGUAUAGCUCAGCUUGAAUCUGCGAAGGUGCACCUCCACCUGUGCAUAUCCCACCGGCAGCAAAUACCCCUUCGAGGCUAGACCUAUUAAACGGUGGGCUUAUCCUGACAAUCUUCAUUGGCGUCAUUUCGAGACCGAGCCGUUUAACUAUUCACUCUGGAGCUUUGUUUUCGGCUCGCGAGCUAAGACGCCUUCCUUAGUUGCUGUGCCAUCUGCUUGUAUAUCUUCUAUUACAAAGCUUGGUGAAGACUGUUCCUACAAAUCACUUCUUAUCUUCAGUAGCACGAUCUCUUACAAAGACUUCCAAGAGCCUGAUCCGGACAACGACCAACAUGUCGGCCGAAGCUAGCAAGCAUAUUACCGAUACAGAAUGGUCCAAGGUCGCUCCUGCAAUGAUGCAGAUGAUGGCCUCUGGGCCAGGUGUCGCCCCCGCUCAGCACAUGGCUGAACACGCGGACAAGCUCUUGCCCUUUUCUAAGGCCACAGUCAUCGUCGACAUGGGCUGCGGUCCUGGUCAGGUUACCAACGCCGUCUUCAAAGCCCACCAUACAAACAUACCUACAUCUGCCAAGGUCAUCGGCGCCGAUAACAAUGCCGAAAUGCUGGCGCAGUACAACAACCAAAGGAACAUGGAAAUUGAAAAGGGAAACAGUUGGUGGGAGAGCGCUGAGAUCCUUGAAGUCGAUGUUCAUAAAUGUGAUACCUUGGAAGACGACUCUGUCAGCCAUAUGCUGGCUGGAUUUGUCCUGUUCUUGGUGCCGAACCCUGCUCAAGCUAUCUCCGCCAUGAAACGUGUUAUGGCUCCCGGUGGUGUGCUGGCAAUGUCUGCCAUGGUAGGCGGGGACUGGGUAACGCUUUCGAUGUACCCUCUGAAGGUGCGCCCGGACCUAGUCAUGGAGGUCCCAUCGAACAGUUGCACUUCACACAAGGACGUGACAAAUCAUCUCAAGAACGCUGGAUUUACGGACAUCGAGGUCAUUGACGUCGAGAACUACAUGGAAUUUGACGACUACGAAGUUGUCUGUCGCUUCAUUCUGAAUAAAAUUCCGAUGACUGCGAGGGCCAUUGCCCAGAUGACCCACGAGGAGAUCACGAAGACUCAAGACAUGAUGGUCGCUGACCUAAGGUCAUGGUACCCUACUCUACCUGCCAAGAUGAAGGGGCAGACGAACGUAGCUUAUGCCCGUAAAUGACAACGAUAGAAACCAACGUCCCGCAGAAACUAUGAUAAGUACUGUUACACGCGUACAAGCUGUUCAUAAUCAUUCAAACAAAUGCAGGCAAUAUUGGAAAGUGAGGUUAUACAGACAUCGCUCCUUGGAACAGACCUUAGAGACCCAGGCGGUCUGAGCUGGCAGACCAUUUGGAUAUAGAGUCGAGUUAAGCCACCAAUAGCCAAGAAGGAGUUGGUUGG